UUAUUUUUUAAUUAAAUAUUAUAAGAAAUAAUUAUUGGUAAUAUUUACAACAAAUUUACAUAAUUAUUAAUAGUGCGAAUCUAGUAAAAAAUUUAAAAUAUGAAACCGGUUAUUUGAAUCAUCAGCUCAGUGCUGAGUGCAUUUGUUUUCUGUGAAAGCAGAAUAUUGAAAACCCAGACUACACGACACUCAAGUUCAAUUGAUGAUCAACUGAUAAAAUUACUUCGAACUUGUUUUUUGAAUCAUAAAAAUCCUAUAAUAACCGAUGAAAAGUUCAAUGAAAUGAUUUAUGAAGCCAUAGAGGAAUCACAACUAUCAACAUCAGUCCUGCUGAUCAAUGAAGAUCUCGGAUCGGAACUUCCCAAACCUCUAUUUCUACCGGCAUACCCCAGCUAUAUAUUGUCAGGAGAUUCGCCGCAGAAACUAAAAUCUAUUCUUAAAGAAUUGAAGUCAUCGCAAUGGUGGAGUAUAGAAUCCAUUUUCAUGGCGGUGGAUUUGGGAACAAACUCGUGUAAAAAUGCUCAAACAUCUCUUCAAGUUUUAUGGAAAAUGAAUUUGUUGUCUUCAUUUUACGUGUGUAUCAAAAAUGAUUUGAUGAUUUUCAUGUUUAACCCUUUCACCAAUAGAGCACCGGAAUCAUGGACAGAAGUAGAAAUUGGGAACAAAGAAUCCGAUGAUCCGUGGACACUCUACAGCCAACCGUAUUCGGAAGAUCACGAAUUCUGUGAGAGUUUGUUUUUCGACAAAACGAAGAAACUUGAUGGCUACAGAAUAAAUGCUGUCACGAAUACUUUGCGAAACAAAACGUGGGAGCCUAAUAGGAUUUACAAUCUAACGACUAUCAAAGACAAAAUUUUAUUAUAUCAACAUCAUUUGGCUUCAUCAUUUUUUUCCUGCAUGAAUGUAACGCCACUGAUUUAUUUCGAUUUACCAGGUGCGCCAGUAUCCUCCAAAGAAGUAGGUUUCGUAAAGGGUUUAAUAAACGGAUCCUAUGAUAUUGCUUUGGCUGGGCGUCCCGUGGGAGAUGAUUACAAUGUUUCAUAUAUGUUCCUAAUGAGGGAUGUAGGACUCGUGAUAUUGACUCAACAUCGUAAAUUCUUAACUCCGUUUGAAAAAAUUCGUCGCUAUUACAGCAUCGGUGUUAUAUUGCUCUCCAGUCUCGUUCUUGCAAUGACAUCAUUAUUGAUAACUAUUUAUUACAAGCGAAAUUUCGUAGAGGCUUCGACAGAAGUAUUGAGAAUGGCUCUAAGUUCCAGUAUAGAUAUACCGUUAAUUACUUUUCCAAUCAGAAUAUACUUUUUCGGCGUUUUAUUACUGAUAUUAAUUAUCAAUGCGACAUUCCAAGGACACAUAGCAUUGUUUCUAACAAAACCUGAACGUAUAACCGUUGAUAGUUUGGUCAGCUUACAUGAGUUAGGGUACAAAAUUUAUAUACCCCGUAUAUUUUUGAAGUCGCCUAUUUUUAUGAAACGUUAUAUAAACGCUGAACCUAGUAUCGAUUGCUCACAGCGCGUUCUGAACGAUCCCAAUGUUGCUUGUCUUGGAUACUUUAAUAGUUUAUUAGCGAUCGCGAAUGAUAAUGACUCUUUACACAUCUCACCGGUAAUAGAUCGUUUUCCGGCUUUACUUUUGAUUCGCGACGAUUGGCCGUUAAAAAAUAAAGGUGAUGACAUUCUACGAAAACACACAGAAUUCGGACUGUAUGAUUUUUGGGAUCAUCAAUUAAAUAUAGAUCCGUUACUAAAACUACGUUCGAAAGAAUUAUUAUUGACCGAAGCGCGUUAUCGUCCAAUUAAAUUUGAGGAUGUAGAUUUUGCUUUUAUAAUAUUUGGAAUCUGUCUGGUGCCUGCAGCAAUUGUUUUCAUUUUUGAGAUCUAUUAUGGAUAUUAUAUAUAUUGCGAUUAAUUUUCAACAUUUGUGUGACAUUGUCUGAUUUACUAUUUUUAACCUUUGAGUGCAGCACUAUAAAUUGUGUGUGUGUUCACACGAUACAUUAUGUACGAAUGCAACUGAAAGAAGCCAAGGUAAACUAGGAAGCGUCAGACAAUUGGCGGAUAUAACAAUAAGAUCCGAAAUUUUGUUUUUAAAAAUGAAUGGUAAUUGUAAUUUAGCAGUUUCUAAUUAUUUUGAAUAAAUUUCAGGUGCCUAAAAAUAAUUUAACCAGAGAUUUGUUUCGUCUUGGAUGUGUGACAACUUUGUAUAUUCGUUCAUAAUAUUGAGUCAAAUGAAUAAAUACUAUCAAAUAAAAUGUAUUUCAUGCUUCAUACAAAAAUGAAUUCUAGGUAUAUGAAAUUGGUACUCUCAUUUGCGUUCUUCGACUUCUAUAAAUAAUAUUUGUUCACUAAAAUAAUAAUCACUAGCAGUUAGCAUUUAUUUUUUUCAGAGUAGAUGAUUCACACUGAUUAUUUUAUAUUUAGUUUUAUUCUGAAUUAACAGAAAGAUCAAAGUUCAACUUAUUUCAGUGGCGAAUUUGCACCGAUAAAAUAAUUAGCUCCUAACAAACGUAAAAAUGGCAAAUUUUUUUCUUCGAAUUGUUCGCGAAAAGAGACUACAGAGAAUAUGGAUCCGUCUUGCCCCUUUUCUUCCUAUAUAUAUGAGGAUUGUGAUUGUAUUUAUAAUUACCGUGUUUGUCAUCAUUAUUUUCACUAUCGAUUUUACUUCAACACGCAUUCGGUGAAUAGAAUGUUAAAUUACAAUGU